AUGUACAAAUCUGCGCAUGAAGAAUUUUUUGAUUAUAUAUUAAAAUCGCAUAUAAGUGAUCCGAAACUAAACUUAAGUCAUGAAAUUAAAUCUGAGGUACCAAAUGACAAAAAAAAGUUAUCUGAAACACCUAACCGAAACUUAAAAUCAGAAUUUGAUGAAAACGUACAUACAAAUAGCAAGUCAAGGAAAAAAAAUAGAAAACUAAAUAACGAAAAUGAUUCAAUAUUUUUGAAUCAAAUCCCAAAAACAACAAACGAACUGCUUAAAGAAUUGGCUCAGACAGUUAAAGAAGGGCAAUCUUUGCAAAAAGAUGUAGAGGUAUUAAAAAAAGUUGUGUUUAAUCAAAAUUCUAGAUCUAACCCAUUUUGUUUCAUCCCAAACGGGUUUGGAAUUGUGGAUUAUACUUCUACUGAAUUUGAUAAAUCAAAGAACAACUUAAUUUCAAAUAAUUAUUUAAAUGAACAUAAUAUAGACGUUCCAGGCCAAUUUGAAUACCCUAUAAAUAGUAUUGGAUCUAUUAAUUGUAACCAGAAAAGUAAAACUCAAUCUAGCUCGGUACCAAUUCUGCCCAUGAAUACGGUAACUUAUCAAAGCAAUAUACUCAAUACUCAUUCAAUUAUGCAACAAAAUUUUAAAUUCAACUUAAUUAGAAUUUUGAAAAGAAUGAAGCAAACAGAACAAGUUCACAUAUCUAUUAGAAAUCUAUAUCAACAACUUAAAUCAGAUACUGUUCAUCAUAUUGAAGAAGAGAAAGUUAUUAUAACUAAAUUAAUUGACGAAAUAAAGUCAUUAAACCAUAUUAAUUUAAGGUACAAAAACAAUCUAAGAGAGAAAGAUUUGCUUAUAGUUCAGAUCAAUGAUUCAAUUAACAUUCUAAAUAUCGAAAAUAAAGAUUUGAAUGGAAAAUACAAUAACGUUUUGCAAGAAAAGGAAUUACUUGAAAGUGAGAUGAAUAUUCGCUUAAAAAAUUUAGAAAAAGAAAAUAAUAAUCUGAAAACUUUUGCAGAAGAAAUGGAAAGCAAAUAUGAGAAAACAAAAUCUGAACUAAAGAAAGCAAAAGAUCAAUCAAAUGAAUUUGAUAAAUUUAUGUCUCAGCUUAAGAAUAUGGGUAUAAUUGAAAAGAUUGACGAUUCAAAAUAUCUAGUUAAUAAUGAAAACAGAUCAUUAAAUGAUGAAUUGAUAUUUUUAAAAGAUUUAUUGAAGGAUAACAGAGAUAGAGAAGAGUUACUACACAGGAACAUUUCACAACUAUCCGAUGAAAACAAUAGAUUGAACACAAAUUACAAAGAAAAUAAAAUGUGUUUAGAUAAAAAAAUUCGUGAAAACUGUAUUUUACAAUCAAUUUUAGAAAAUUACAAAGAAAAAAUAGGUGAUCUUGAAGAAAAAAAUGUUUCUUUACUGUCUGAAAUCAACAACUGGAAGAUAAAGAUGGAAUCUGGGGUUGAGGAAGAAAAAAACGCAAAAACAAAGAUUUCGCAGUUAGAGUUGGAGCUGCAAUCAUAUAAAAAUCAAUUGAAUACAAAAUCAUUGGAAUUUAACAAUUCAUUGAGUAGGCUUGGACAAGCAUAUGUUGAACUAAAUGAAACGAAGCAAUUACUUAAAGAUUCUAAAAAUGAAUUGGAUAAUUUUAACUCAAAAGUAAAGUCGAUGAAUAGGGAGAAUAAGGAGUUAAAUGACGCUCUCUCAAGCCAAUUUCAUUUAAAUAGAAAGAAAGAUAUUGAAAUUGAUUCAUUAAAAAAGGAAUGCGGAAAAAUAAAAAGUGAUUUGGAAAAGGAGAGAUUAUUUAAUGGUGAUUUAAGGAGAAAAAUAACGGAGCUUGAAGUAAAUUACUCAAAGAUUGAAAAUGAAAGGUUUGAAAUUCAUAAGGAACUCAACAACAAAUGUAUUAUUGAAAUAGAAAAAAAAGAAUCCUUGGAGAAGGUAUUAAAGGAAUAUAAUGAGUUGAAAAAUGAAUUAGUUCAGAAAGAUUUACAAAUAAAUAAAUUAAAAAAUGAGUUAAAGGAGACAAUCGAUCGUUUUGAAUGUGAAUCUUCAAACAAAAUUAAUUUAUUAAAAAACCAGCUAUAUGAAGAAUUUAAACGCGAUAUUUAUGCAAUUGAAGAAUCAAAAAAAAAUAUUAGUAUUGAGAAUGAGAACUUGCUUGAAGAAGUGAUUCAUCAAAAGAAGAUGAUACAAGAACUUAUAUAUGAAAAAAUAUCACUUAAUAAUGAAAUUAAUUCAUUAAAAGAAGUUGCAGAGACUAACAAAAAACAUUUUGAAAACUCUGUACAACUUCUUUCAAAAGAGUUGUCGGCACUUCAAGAAUUGGGAAGUGGUAAAAUUGUAGAUUAUCAUGAAACAGACGUUAGAAAGUUUAUUAAACGUAUAAAUAAACUUGAUUCUGAAAUUAAUUUGUCAGACGCUGAAAGCAACACUAACCAAAUUGAAUUACAUCAAAUACAAACCACAACCGCACCACCGAGUAAUUACAGCGUAUUAAAAACCGAGAAUGACGAUUUCAAUUUCGAUAAAAGCGUUUUUUCUGGAAAAAUCCUAGACACUCCAGUAGUUGAGUGUGGAGAUUUUUGCCGGAUUGAGGCAUCCUUAUCUGCACAGUGCGAGAUGGCAUAUAUUGAUAUUAUUUCACAAACGGAAAGAUUUAAGAAUCUUUCAAAUAAACUUAAGGGGUUAGAGGAGAUUUUGAGAGGAAAUGGUGAGAAAAGUAUAUCAGAAAUAGUGGUGACUCUUUCUAGUGAGCUCGAUAAUAUUGGGAUUUCAUCUAAGGAAUUGCUUAAAAUAAUCAAUUCAAGAAUUAAAUCAAAAUUUGAAAUUGAUAACGAGCUUUCAAAUAAAGUUACAGAAAUAAGCCGUGCUUGGGUUCUUGAAGCAGAAGCUUCAAAAAAAAUACUAGAUUAUGCUCACAAAAUAAGAAAUACUGCAGCAAAAGAAAGAAUGAUGUGGAUAGAGAAAAAAUUGAAAUAA